AGCACCUAUCCUGGGCAACCUCUAUGUCAAAAUGUGGCUCGUCCUUCUGCAUCUGUUGGCCUUUCUCCUGCCUUCCAGGGCUAUGGCUGGGGAGAUCAUUGGAGGAAAGGAUGCAAAGCCCCAUUCCCGCCCCUACAUGGCAUAUCUGACAAUCACCAGGAGCAAUAGUGAAGAGACUAAUUGCGGAGGGUUUCUGAUACGAGAAGACUUCGUGAUGACAGCUGCUCACUGCAAUGGAAGGACAAUCAACAUCACCCUGGGAGCCCACAACAUUAAGAAGAAAGAAGAAACCCAGCAGCAUAUGGUUCUGCUUCGUUCAAUCACCCACCCGGAAUAUAAAAAGAAUCCCCCUACUAAUGACAUCAUGUUACUUCAGCUGGAGAAGAAAGCCAAGUUGACUAAAGCCGUGAAACCCCUUAAACUGCCCCGCUCCUUUGUAAAGCUGAAGCCCGGAAUGGUGUGUAGCGUGGCCGGAUGGGGCGGAAACCUGUUGGCUAAUAUGCAGCCCGUCCUUCAAGAAGUGAAGCUCAAAGUGAUGAGGGAUGAAGUAUGUGAGUCCUGCUACCCCAGAAACUUCAAGAACAAGACUCAGAUUUGUGCAGGGGACCCCCGCCAGUGGAAGUCCUCAUACCAGGGAGACUCUGGUGGCCCCCUGGUGUGUGGCAAGGUAGCCGAAGGCAUUGUUUCAUAUGGAAACAAAUAUGGGGCCCCUCCCCGGGUCUUCACCCGCAUUUCAAGCUACCUGUCCUGGAUAGAUAGAACGAUGAAUUCCCCAAGGCUGUAGGGACGCUCAGAACUCCCACCUUAAAUUUAAGGCUCUGUAGCCCAAGUUCUAUAUGCUUUACCCUCAGGCUCCCAAUGUGAUCAAAUGCUUCUCUCCCAUUUCUCUUUCUCUGCCUGGCUCCCCUUCUCUGUUUCUGCUCUCACUCCAACACACA